AUGACAAUGGAGGACGAUCCCUCGGUAUCCCUGUGGACCAUCCUCCUCAACCUGGGCUCGGCAUUGGCUGAGGAACAGCUUUGGGCCUUGGCUGAGAGCGCAGCCGAAGCGCUACACACCCGUGGAAAUGAUCUGGGCCUGCCCUCCAAAGAUGAUAUUGCCACUUUUGUUUUGACGCCAUACAGCCUACAUGUUCUGGCCUCGGGCGCGAUCAACCUGACAGAUGAUGUGGCCCCAGCUGACUUACGCGAUAAGUGCUUGGCUGAUGAGGUGAAAGAAGACAUGGCGCUGGAAGCUGACGCGCUCAAGACACAUGUGUACGGCCUGGGUGCAACCCUCUUCAUGGCUGCCGACUACGGCCUGUCCGAUCAAGAGGAGCCGGAACUCUCGUCGGAUAUGGAAGCCUUAAUUUCCGCUAUGACAGACGACGAGGUUGUCGAUCGCGCCAGUGUGGAUGAAGUCCUCCAGGAUAUACGGCAAAUGAGUACUGCUCAUGGACGCACAGCCACGCAUAUUCUCCAACAACUCUAUCAACUCGCCCAGCGUGCAAGCCAGGUGCCGGGGGAUGCCUCAGAAAUCCCUGCAGCCAUGGACCCCCCUCCAUCAUCCGACACCACUGGCUCUGGCGACAUACAUGCAUCUCUCAUGCAAGAAAUCCGAGGCAAUGGCUCGACCCGCCUUCGUGAUGCUCAGCAGCGCAUCCUCGACGGGCCAGACCCCUAUGUGACACCACGCGAGCAACUUCUCGAAGACAUUCGACGCUCCUCCCGUGCAACGCUUCAGAGCCUUCCAUCGUAUGAGGCUUUGCCUGUCCCUGCUGACGCGACCUCGGACGAAAGCGCGCCCACCCGGCGUACCGUCAACGGCCGAGCAAUCCUCCCGCUUCGACUCUCCACAGAAAGUGCCGAGGACGAUCUCUCCGACUUGUUGGGCGACUGGGACCCUGCCGCGCAGGUGCAACUAGCUUUUGCGGCAGAGGCUGCCGUGGACGACGCUGCGCGGUUUUUGGACGAUGUGCAGGACGAGGCGAAUUCCGGUAACGGCUCUGAAGAAGGGCGGGGGCGAGCGUCAAAGAGCGGCGCUGACUCGACCCCACCGUCAUCAAUGCAGCAGCGCGCCGUCCUUCAGGUGGACGAGCCCGAGCCUCUCUCCGAACCCCAAAAGCCUACUUUUGUGGGCUUUGGAGAUUUUGAGCACAUCAAUAAAAUGCUUUUCAAGGCGGAAUUGGACGAGUUACAGGAUACGGACCCAAAGGCGUACGCAGCGAUCAACGCCAACAAACUCUGUGCUGUCUGCCUGAAGCAGCGCUUCACGUUUUUCAUUCGCGCCCGCUUCUGUGAAAUGUGCCAAAGACCAGUUUGCGGGCAAUGCUGCAGCCAAGUACCGCUGCCACAGCACAUUCCGAUAUCUAGCCCAGCUAUGCGACGAAAGCUCCCAGUAA